GUUUCCAUCACAUACAAGAUGCAGAUGCAUCCAAACAGCCGCGUGCUGCUCAACCACAUCGUCGAGCUUUUUGCCGACGAAAAAUUCGUCAAGCGAGCAACGGAGGAGUACGGGGACAUGUUGGCAAGGCAUGGACUGAAGCCGGGCAAGAGUUCCCGUUCUUUGGGUGCCAAGAGCCAGGCCUCGGCGCGUACCCGGAGCUGCUGCGGUCGGUGGUCUUCACCAGAGGCACCCACCGAGUCUUUGCACGAAGAGCUUGCCGACCUAGGACUCGAUGACGAGGACAGGUUCUUCAAUGGGCUUUCGGAGCUAAACCGUCGGGAUGCGCUGUUUGCUUGCUCCCUUCUCGUUCUCGCCUUGAUGAUCAACGGCCGAAUCGACCGCACCAACUGGGCUUUCAUCCAACGCGCCAGUCGGAGUGUAGAGCCCCCACUGGAAGCAAAGUGGUCCAAUGUGCUCCAUCUAGUGAAUGCGUAUGUUGGCGGACGGUCAAUGAAUGCCGAUAUGUUCCACGCGGUAUUCCAGCCUUCCAUGACCCAGUCCUCUUCUGCCACAUGUUGCGACUAUAUGGGUGAGGGCUGGAGGUAUGUUCUGGACUACACCAACUGCUGCUAG